UCUCUUGCCAGCCGUGCAACUGACAACACGAUGUCACGGCUCGUGAUUUUGGCACCUUAAUCUCUACGCGCUCUCACACUCUCUCUCUCUCUCUCACUUUCUCUCUUUCGAUUUCUCAAUUUUCAUUGUGAUUUUUAUUUUUUGAUUUCUUUUUUUCCCUCCACAUUCGAUUGGAAAAAUAUUUAUACAAGAGUCAAAAGAAAGUCAUAUAGGCACAGUUUUGACGAGUACUAUUUAAAAAAGGGAUAUACAUAUCAUAAAGUGAAAUGAGAAACGUGUCAGUUGAUAGCGAAUAUGUGUCACUAUGGAUCAUAUUUAUUGGUCCAUAUUAAGCAUGAGAUUUUAAUGACAAUAUUAUUGGCUGCUGUAUCUAAAGGACCAUUUUCCGACAAUGUGAAAAUUAUGGCUGAUUAUAAUACCAAAAACAUUACUACAGUUGAACAUUCUCUGACAGUUUCUGUCAACCAAUUUCAAAAUGACCUGCGAUCCCUCGGUAAACUCCAGCGAUGUCAUCCUUCAGUAAAGUAAACCUCAAUCCUUGAGCUAAGAAGAAUCUCGACACAACAUCGAAAGUGCAUCUCGCCUCGAGAGGAGAAUCAAAAAAAAAAAAAGAAAAAAAAGAAAAUCUCAACUUUGACCCAGUUUUACCUGAAAUCCCAAAUAUUGACUUCGAACUAAUUCAAGCAUGAAGCCUAAAACCUACAGAAACUUGAACACUGAUUGGUCUACUCAAACAUGGAUUUUAAGAAGGGACUUCUGAAUAAACAUACAAAUCGGUCAUCUUCGAGAGAGAAAAAAUAUACCUCAUUUUUAAAAACCUACAGUCAAUUUUUAUUUCACUAAAUGAGAAAUUUGCAAAUAAUUUAAUAACGAGCAGAUGAUUAAGAAGAAGAAGAAGCAAAUUAUUAUUAUUAAAGACAGUAACCAAUAGACUCUAAAAAAAUAACCAAUUAUAAAAAAAAAUUUAUAUGACUGAGCUCAAAUAAUCCCGAUUUAGAUAGUUCUAAAAAAAAGAAAAUCUAGAUCAAAAUUUAAAAGAAUCAUGAAAGAAAUCUCGUAAUGAACAGAUGCUGGAAUCUGAAAGAAUGGACACAAAUAACACCAUCAGUGUGGACCCAACAAAUGAAACAAUGAUUAUGAUGAUGAUGACAACAAUCAACACACACGAAAUAAUAAUUGACACUGGUCAAGGCAAUAAAACUUGGAAUGAUUGGCAACAUUUUGAACAUGUCCUAAUUUUGAUCACCAAAGCAGCAGUGAUGUGCUUUAUAAUUUUAUGUGCCCUAUUUGGAAAUUUAUUAGUUAUUGUUUCAGUGAUGAGGCAUAGAAAAUUACGAGUCAUCACUAACUACUUUGUUGUAUCUUUGGCAUUGGCUGACAUGUUAGUUGCCAUAUUUGCAAUGAGUUUUAAUGCAAGUGUUGAAAUGUCAGGAACAUGGUUAUUUGGCUAUUUUAUGUGCGAUGUUUGGAAUUCAUUGGAUGUAUUUUUUAGUACAGUGUCAAUUCUUCAUUUGUGUUGUAUUAGUGUUGACAGAUAUUAUGCAAUUGUACAACCACUCGAUUAUCCAUUAAUAAUGACAAAUAUGAGAUUGGGUACAAUGUUGAGUGUUGUGUGGUGUUCACCUACUGUUAUGAGUUUUUUGCCAAUUUUUGCCGGUUGGUACACAACACCCGAACAUCUUAAGUGGCGACGUGAAAAUCCAAAUGCAUGUGUUUUUGAAGUUAAUAAAGUUUAUGCGGUUAUAAGUUCAAGUAUUAGCUUUUGGGUACCUGGCAUUAUUAUGAUUGCAAUGUAUUACAAGAUUUAUCAAGAGGCUGAUCGUCAAGAAAGAAUGCUCUAUCGGAGCAAAGUAGCAGCAGCUUUACUAAAUAAACAUCUACAAAUCAACGGAAUAUCAGCGGGAUUGGCUGGGUUGCCUUCCGUUGGACAAUCGUGCCCGGAACCUAUACCGGAAGAACCUCCAAUAACCAGUAGUAGUAAAAUGAAAAGAGAGAGAAAGGCUGCAAGGACAUUGGGUAUCAUCAUGUCUGCUUUCCUCGCCUGUUGGCUACCCUUCUUCCUCUGGUAUGUGAUAACAGCAUUAUGUGACACCUGCAAAAGUGGCAACAUCGUGGUGGCAGUGGUUUUCUGGGUGGGUUAUUUCAAUAGUGCCCUAAAUCCAUUGAUAUACGCCUACUUCAAUAGGGAAUUUCGAGCUGCAUUUAGAAAAACAUUGGAAAGUUGUUGCGCCGUAUUGGGGCCAGUUAGAGAUAUGCGACAAGUGCACAGAAAACAAGAUUUAGUGCACAGUAACGCAUCAUCUGAAUUACAUGUCAACAAUCAAUUGAGAGCAAGCGAAUUAACAAAUGUUCAUCUCGAAGCCUGCAUUUAAAAAAAAAAAGGGGGGGCCUAAUAUAUUCAAGUACCAGAUGAAAAAAAAAAUGUUCCCUUUUAUUCACAAAAUUAAACGAUUAACUCAAAAAAAAAAUGCGACAGACAAUUUUUUCCAAUUCUGGAAAUCCUUUUUAUGAAAUCGAAAUUUAUAAAUAUAGAUAUAGGAAAGAGACUUUUAGAUUUUGGAAAAAAGAAAACAAUUUUAACUCCUACUUUACAUUUAAAAAAAUUUCGAAUAAAUAUAAAUUUAAUUAAAAAUCAAUUUUAAUUAAUAAAUUUUUAACUGUCCCAUAAAAUUGGCGAAUAAAAUAGAAUAAUUUUAAAUUUUAUCACUGAUUGACAUUUUAUA